AUGGUGCUCCACUAUCUCGCUUCGCUCGAUAGUGUCGAUAGUGUCGAUAGUGUCACUAGUCAAUGGUGCUCCACUAUCUCGCUUCGCUCGAUAGUGUCGAUAGUGUCGAUAGUGUCGGCUGCCAAAAAAAGACCUGUAGUUAUCUCUGGACCUUCAGGGACUGGAAAAUCUACCCUUUUGAAAAAACUAUUUAAUGAGUAUCCUCAAGAGUUUGGAUUUUCCAUAUCCAAUACUACGAGACAGCCACGAGUUGGUGAAGUUGACGGUAAGGAUUACCAUUUCACCACGGUUGAACAAUUCAAAAAACUUAUCGAAGAAGGUAAGUUUAUUGAAUGGGCUCAAUUUUCUGGAAAUUAUUAUGGAACUAGUAUAAAAGCUGUUGAAGAUGUGCUCAAACAGGGCAAAAUAUGCAUUUUGGACAUUGAUAUGCAAGGUGUCAAGGCAGUUAAACAAACAAAAUUAAAUGCAAGGUAUUUAUUUAUAAGUCCGCCCUCAAUCGAAAUACUACGUAGCCGAUUAGAUGGAAGAGGCACUGAAACCGAAGACAGUUUGGCAAAGAGAAUUGCUGCUGCUGCUAGCGAAAUGGAAUAUGCCAAUAGCGGAGCUCAUGAUAAAAUUAUUGUCAAUGAUGAUUUGGAGAGUGCGUAUAAUGAGAUGAAGCAGUUUAUAUUGCAAGAAUAA